UAGUUCUAGUGACUCAUUUCACAAUACAGAUAGUGUUUUGUCAUACAUCUAAUCACACAGUAUCCUAUUCUUUUGGCUUUUACAAAGAAACGUUUGUGAAUACUCCCCAGUUUAUUAUAAGUGUCUUGCAAACACAAUCAAACUACUUACUAAAUGAAUACAGGCCUAAUAGUACACACAAAACAAACAUUAACGAACAAAGAAAUCCAGCACAAAACACAAUAAAUCUCCAAAGGCAGACAUCACCAAGCAAAGACUGGGAUUCAGAGACAAAGAGAAAAAGACUUUUGGACUGACUGAGCAGCAUCCUGAAUUGAAUGAUGCACUGUUUAGCUUCAUGUAGUCCUAAUCAAAACAGUAACAGUAAUUUCCUCAAAAUUACAUGCACAAUGUCAUCCGUCGUGUAAAAAGCACAAGUAUUGCAAAGAAAUAUAGAAUAAAUAUCGGUCCAAUAAGUGUACAUAUUGUGUCUAAACAAACUAAAUGAACAAACUCUCUGUUUUCAUGACCGAGUAAACACAUGGAUUUUAAAGGACAACACAAUUUCAUAUUUUAUUUUGUUUAAAUGUGGCGGACCCUGCCAUCCUUUCUUGCUUCAAACAGUGUUCUGUGGACCUUAUCUUCCUCUGAGAACCGCUUGUUUAUUCACUUAUGGAAACAAUGCAUAUUUCUGAGCUUGUCUAAUUACCUAAUUAAUUUGUAAAUAUUGAAAUUCUGAGUUUGAAUGCCAUUCACAAAACUACACAAUGCCCCUUUUUAACACAGUUUGAAAGUCCAAGGCAAAAUGGUGAUUAUACUUUCCUGCUCAGUAUCAACCACACAAUUUGCUCUGUACAGGAACAAACGAUAUUAAAAGACGCUCUCUCUCUCUCUAUAAUGUCUAUGAAAACAUGCCGCCGCUGGCUCUGUAAGGUGUGGAGGCAGACGCCAGUCUGAUGAGGUGCGAUGAUGGCUGGGAGGCGCCUGCCCUCUCAUUAACCCCCCAGCUUCCUCCACACCUCUUCGUUUACACCUUCAGGCCGGUCAAGUCCAGGCAGCAGUGCAGCAGCUCUGACGCCUCAAGUCUGUUCUCCCUGGGACAAACGCAGCUAUGUUAGUCUCUGUGCUCAGCUUUAUUCUCUUCUUUGGCGGUUCUCAUGCGUCUGACACCGUGGUUCCUGCCCAGCUCGGGCCGCCGUCGCUCGGGUUCAGCUCCUCGGUCCGCUCGGUGUGUAAACCCAUCCCGAGCACCCUGUCUCUGUGCCACGGGAUCGGCUACAGGCACAUGCGGGUGCCCAACUUGCUCGGCCAUGACACCCUGAGGGAGGCCCAGCAGCAGUCGGCGGCCUGGCUGCCCCUCAUCUCCAAGCUGUGCCACCGGGACACCAAGAAGUUCCUGUGCUCGCUGUUCGCUCCGGUGUGUCUGCCGGAGUACAGCGGGCCGGUCAGCCCCUGCAGGAGCCUGUGCGAGACGGUGCGGGACGGCUGCGUGCCCGUCAUGAGCGCGUUCGGGUUCCCCUGGCCGGAGAUGUUCAACUGUACCCGGUUCCCGCGAGGGACCGAGCUCUGUAUCCCGGCAACCGGGGAGCACGAGGGGCGGACGGUGGAGGAGGUCAGGCGCGAGGAGGCGCUGAAAGGGAGUGUUAUCUGUGAUGCCUGUAGUCUGGCUGCUGAAGGAGAGACUGACAUCCAGGAAAACUUCUGCCGCAGUUCAUAUGCAUUUAAGAUGCGCCUGGGAAGUGUGUCGACAGUGGGAGGGGACCGUCAGCUGGUGCCUACGGCCCGCAGCCGCAUCCUCAGGUGGGCAGGGGGAGGUGCGGAGAGGGCAGAGGGGGUCGGAGGUGCAAUGGCCCACAAUGCUUUGUGGCUGCAAGAAGGAGGCACCUGUACUUGUCCUGGCUUAGACUCUGCGGAGACAGUCGUAGACAGGGGUUUGGAGGAGGAGCAGACAGAUAAGAGACAAGCAGGGGCCCAGGGUGGAUGGUACCUGGCCCUGGCUCAGGCCGAGGAGGGACGACUGGUGCUGACUCGACUGGUGAAGUGGACCAGAGGGGACAAAGAGCUGAAGAAGUUCAUCAGAGGUCUCCUUAAGCAGUCCUGCCCAGAGCUGUAGAUAGAGUGGCAUCAAUUGUUUUCAUGACCAAUUGAUUAUUUUCACGAUUGAUAGUUAAUUGUCUAUAAAAUGUCAAAAGAAUUUAGAAAAGUACUCAUUACGAUUUCCCAGAACUGAAGUUUCCCCCUGGAAGUUGCCUUGUGAUCCUUAUGUGCUGCUAUUAGCAUUAACCAAAGCUAAGGUUAUCCAAGAAUGGGUUAGGGAAAUUGGGAACAAUGCUCUGCUUAGAAAAAAAUCCUAAGUAAAUGAGUUGAGUACAGACUGUUGGAUACUAUGUAAAUGAACCAGUGAUUAAAGAUUAGCUCAUGGAUGUCUGUAAAUCUGCAUACUAGCCACUCUUUUGAUUAAUUGUUCUUGAUUAAAUCUAAAGGAGAUAAAUUCCAGGUAAUCAAUCAAGUCUUACUUGGUAAAUGCAGACUAUUUUCUGUCCCAUCAAGGAUCAUGAUUACUUUACCAUUACCCACCAUGUUUGUGUUCCUUCAUGUAAAAUAUAGCCUCAUUUUAGCAAACUGACCAGUGAGCAUUUUGACAAUGAUUAUUUGUGAAUGACAAAAGACAGAGAGCCCAAGAGUCGAUACAUAAGCCAAUCAAAAGAGCUAAUUGCAAACCGUUUUGAUAAUUAUUUUAUAUUUUAAUUUGCUGGUUCCAGCUUCUUGAAGGUAAGGACUUGCCGCUAUUCUUAAAUGAAAUGUUUUAGAUUGUUGGUUGGACAAAAUAAGCAAUUUGAGAACAUCACUUCGGUCUCUGGGAUAUGGUGAUGAAGAUUUUUGCACUUUUUUGACAGACCAAAAGACCAGUCCUGAAAAAUAAUCAGCAGAUUAAUCAAUAUUGAAAAUAAUCAUGCAUUAAAUCCCUCUUGUUUCCCUUUUUGUAAUUACAAAGUACCCUAUAUUUUCAAAAACCUCACACAAGUGUUGAUGGUAAGGCCUUCUUACAAAAGUUACUACUGCACAUGGCAUGCAGAAGUUGAUGUUAUUACAAGUGGAGUGAUAUUCAUGUAUUUUCUUGUACAUUUGUACAUAUAGAAUCAAAGUGUUUUGUUGCUGUUUGCAGGGGUCUAAGUUUUGUAUUGGUACAUAUCUGGGUUGAAUCAUUUCUUAUUUUUCCUUUUAAUGAUAAAAUGUUUUCUAAUACAUUGUCAUAUUUUUCUACAUACUUAUACUUUUCUAAUACUACCAUCAUUGGAAUACUGUUCUACACAAAGCAUAAGCAAUAAAUAUAAAGGACCUGUUAUUUUACCAUAUUCAUGUCUCUGGAUGCCAUCGUCCCAAGUCACAUUAAAACAGAAGCACUGAAUGGAAAUAAAUGAAAUGUGAUGUCAACAAUAAAUCAUUAAGAGCUGA